AUGGGGUCAAUGGGGGGAGGGGGAGAUGGUAGCAUCUUUGCGGGGAGGAUGUGGGAUGUGAACACAGCUGUCUGGACAAAUGACGGCUGUUUCGUGGAUGUUGAGAGGAGAAAGGUUUGGGAGGUCUGCUGCGGUGUCAUUCGACAUUUGAGAGGAAGGGGGGUCAUGCCAUCCGUCACACAUAGGCCACAUGUCCCAGAGGCUGCUCCAGAGUAUGCUGAUCCUGGAACUAGUAGAUGUGUCCACCCAAAUACCAUAGUUACAGGUUGGCAGACAGGGAACAAUCCACAAUCCAACAAUAAAGGUUGGAGAGGUGUCGAGGAAGGAUUGGAGGUGGAAAAUGUAUUUGAGGUGUUUGCAUUCAGGGAGAGAGACCAAAUGGUCUGGGAAGUUGAAGGUGUAACCGAUGUAAUCGUGAAUGUCACCAAAAUUGGCACCUUUAGUUGGAUGCCAGGGAAUGUUGAUGGGGCCAAUGUAGACCUUGGAAGAAUGGAGAUCAUAGUAGUAAUGGUAUGGAGUGCCAUUGGAUAUUCUGGUGAAGGGGCUGUUUGGAUCAGGAACACAGAUAAUGAAGAAGUUGUCCACCCAUUUCCAGGUGGGACCGAUGUAACAUUUAUGAUCGGGGAGAAUAGGAAUGGUACAAUAGGCACCUUUGAUAUUGAGGGAGGCAGCUUGAGUGCCAGAUGGAGUGGUGGCCACCUAGAGGGUGGGAGGCUAGGCUGUGCCCCAUGCACUAGGCAAAUUAGGGGGAGCAUAGGUAGUGUCAAUGGGAUUGAGCUGCCCAAGAGGAAAACCAUGUCUGAUUUUAUCAGGGAGCUGUUGGUACUGGUCAAGAAGAUUGGCAUUCCGGAGAAAGAGUUUGAGUUGGUCAGUGCAAUAAGGUGUAAGGACUUUGGAGAAGUCAGUGUCCGAGUCAUAUGCAGUGGAAAUGAUGUGGAGAUUGUCUAA